AUUACAGCAAAAGCAGCUGUCAUUUUUGUUACCCUUCAGUACAAUGUUACCAUUUCUACUACAGAAGAGCAGUCUACAGAAACAAUCUCUCUCUAUCAUUAUGGUAUCAAGGACUUGGCUACAGUUUUCUUCUACAUGUUGGUAGCAAUAAUCAUCCAUGCAAUUAUUCAGGAGUAUGUGCUGGAUAAAAUUAACAGGAGAAUGCACUUUUCCAAAACAAAACACAGCAAGUUCAAUGAAUCUGGACAACUUAGUGCAUUUUACCUCUUCUCGUGUGUUUGGGGCACAAGUAUUCUUAUCUCUGAGAACUAUGUAUCAGAUCCAAUGUCUCUGUGGAAGGACUACCCACACAUGAUGAUUCCGUUUCAAAUGAAGUUUUUCUACAUCUCACAGUUGGCAUACUGGUUUCAUGCUUUUCCAGAGUUGUACUUCCAGAAAACCAAAAAAGAAGAUAUCCCUCGCCAGCUUGUCUACAUUGGACUUUAUCUUUUUCACAUUGCUGGAGCUUAUCUUUUGAACCUCACCCGUCUUGGACUUGUUCUUCUGGUGUUGCAUUACUUCGUUGAAUUUCUCUUUCACAUCUCCCGCCUUUUUUACUUCAGUGAUGAAAAGUAUCAGAAAGGGUUUUCAAUGUGGGCGGCUCUUUUUGUUUUCGGAAGGCUUCUGACUUUGAUUCUUUCUGUUCUUACUGUUGGCUUUGGUCUGGCGAGCGCAGAGAAUCAGGGCCUGAAUUUAAAUACUGGAAAUUUUAACAUGCUGGCUAUCAGAAUCAUUGUACUGUCAUCAAUCUGUGGAACUCAAGCCUUUAUGAUGUGGAAGUUCAUUAAUUUCCAGCUUAGAAGGUGGAGAGAACAUUCUUCUCAGCCUCAAUCACUGAAGAAGAAAUUUGUAACAACUAAAGGCAGGCCAUCCAAAAAAGAGAGAGAAAAUGGAGUAAAUGGAACAGUAACCUCAAAUGGAGCAGACUCGCCUCGUAGCAGGAAGGAGAAAUCAUCAUAAAACUGAAUUUUAUUAAGUUAACUGACUAAUGUCCCCAAAGAAUCUGCUUUUUACUAUGAAAAGCCCUUCAGCACUAGAGAUCUUACUGAUACAAAAUUACAGUUCAUGCUUUUUGAUUCUUUGCUAUUGUUUUGUGAGACUUUUUUUAAAAAGAACAUUUUGACUUUAAAUAAAGAGUGGAAAGGUUAUCUGUUUUCAACUGUUUAGGGGGCCACAAUACUUUUAAAAUAACCUUGAACACUUUUUUAAACACUGUGAUUAAUAUUAAUCAGAAUUCCACUUACUGAGGAUCAGUGAUACAGUGUAUUAUUAUUCCUUCGAGUUUUUAUAAUCUUGGUAAUGUCUUGUUACAGCACCAUCACAUUUUUCAAGUUCUGCAAGAAGUAUUGAAAAAAUUGAAGAAAAUUUAAUAUCUGUUUUUAGAUAUUCUUGAACGUUCAGUAUAUUACUUUGAAUCAGAUUUGCAGCUCAGUACUGGUUUUGUAAGACCAUCAAAAUUAAUGUGCAUUAUUUUGUAGGUAAUAGGUACGUUCGUUUCAAGAAAUGCCCGUGUCCAUUAAAACAAAAUCUAACUAAUGGGAAACAUUGCAGUGUCUUAUUCUCUAUGUUGGCUGGAAAUCUCUUGUAUAAAUACUUACAAAGAAGAAAAUCUUUCUGAUAGCGCUUUACCACUUGAAAAGUGGGAAAUAAUAUGUUGUACAGAGAAGGGUGAUUUGCAUAGCACUAUUUAAAAUUAAGUAGCUCACAACUGUGAGCAGAGUACUAGUAUGACAGCCCUGUUUUGAAAACUCAUUUUGAGUCUGAUUUUUUUUUUUUCAAAUGGGUCAAAUUUUUAAUUUAGGAAAUAUUUAAAUACUUUGUAAGGAGGGAGUUUUAGACAAUUGAAUCAAGUUGUGGCAAACAUUCCUUGCUUUUUUUUCUCUUUCUCUUGUUUAUCUCUUAUUGGGAAACAGUUAAUAUACUACAUAUAUGUUUUUGGGUGAAAAUAUAUAUACAGGUAUCAAAAAUUGAACUAUGGGUGACCUUUGCUCCCAUUAGGACAAUUGUAAGUUUUCAUUUUUGCCUGUUUUUCAUAGUUUGAAGUGCAAAGGUUUGGCCAAAUAAUUACAUUUUCAGUUUAAACUGAAAUCAGUAUUUGCAUUCAUAUCUUUUUAGUCUGUAAUAUGUAUGCACCCAGAUUGUUUCAUUCCAGAAGAGCCUACUUAAUAGCUUAAGUGAAAUUGCUUAUUAGAUAGCUUUUCAGUUUCUAACAACUGUUAGGACUGCUUAUUGAUAAAUAGGAGCCCUUAUGAGAAAUAUAUUGAGCCAAGCAGAUUAGAAUACCUACAAUUAUAAAUUGUGAGUGUAUUAAACUGUGAGACCCAACAAAAUAACAAUAAAAACUGUAUUUGCUAUCUUUUUCCCA